AUGCCAAUCGUCCCUGAAGGCAUCUUCGGCUCUGCAUUGGCCACAAUGCAGCAAAGAUAUACCAAGACGGCCACCACCGCCAGGUCCGCCCCCUCCGAUGAGGAAGGAGCGCGGAGCCGGCUGGCAAGGGAAACCUGCCUCCACGACCGCUACGCCGCCGCCGCCCACAGCCGCCGCGAGCUCGGUCCCACAGGCGAGGAAGAAAAAGAGGGCGGCCUGACAGCCGCCAGUUCCUCAGUUGAGCCGGUCCGCGAGGAGAAGGACAUCGCCCCGGAGGUCUGCGCGGUUGCGCCACGAGCGGAAUGUCCACAAGCACAGUCACACACCCUUGUUCAAAGAAAAAAUGGUGUCAAAAUAAAAAUAAAUCUGUCACAGACAGGCCACGAGCUGAGGGUGCAGAUAAUAAAAAAAGCCAAAACAGACAAUGCUCUCUCCAUAAGCAGGGUGGCUGCUCAGCCCCCUGCAGCUCUGUUCCCGGGACGGGCUCCGCCGUCCCCGCGGGGCAGAGCAGAGCUCCCCACCGUGCCUCCGGUGGUGGCCGAGAAUCAUUUCUCGGUUCCACCACAGGGGGGCGCGGGGCAGGAGCCGCAAUAUGUUCCCCCGCUAUCUCUCAGAUGGGAAAGCUGGAGAGCAGCAGCAGCUCCAUCGUGGGUGUUGCGCACAAUUUCCCGGGGAUACAGGCUUCAAUUCGCCACUGUCCCUCCCCGCUUCUCCGGUGUAAUACACUCACAUGCACAGGGAGAAUCAGCUCGAGUUUUACGGGAGGAAAUUCUCUCUCUGAUAGACAAACGAGCAGUUUCUGUCGUAUCUCCCGAACAGAGUCUGUCAGGGUUUUAUUCCAGAUACUUCCUCGUCCCCAAACGGGGGGGGGGGGGAGGAAUCCGCCCUAUUCUGGACUUAAGAGCCCUGAACAAAUUCCUGCGGAAAUACAAGUUCAGGAUGCUGACACAUGCAGCACUGCUGCGUCUAGUAAGACCGAACGACUGGUUUUCAUCCGUGGAUCUGAAAGACGCGUAUUUCCACAUUCCCAUUUAUCCCCCUCACAGACAAUAUCUCCGAUUUGCCUUUCAAGGGGUGUGUUACGAAUACGGUGUUCUACCAUUCGGUCUGUCUCUCAGCCCGAGGGUUUUCAUACGGUGCACAGAGGCCGCGGUAGCCCCGCUCAGACGCCGGGGGAUACGUCUGGCCGUGUAUUUAGACGACUGGCUCCUGUUAGCGCAGUCAGAACAGGAAGCCAGGGUUCACACACACAUUGUCACAACACACCUGAUGGAUUUGGGUUUUGUGAUAAAUAUGGAGAAAAGCCACCUAUCUCCAACGCAGGAGAUAUGCUUUCUGGGAUUAUCCCUGCGCUCUGUUCCGUUCACAGCCCGCCUGUCAGAGGAAAGAGUGACGACUUUCAGAGCGUGCCUUGCACAAUUCCGUCUGCACAGGUCUGUCCAGUUCAGACUGUGCCUUCGGUUGCUGGGUGUGAUGGCCUCAGCCAUCCUCGUGAUUCGCCUCGGCCGCCUUCACAUGCGGAACUUUCAGCGCUGGGUCGCUUCGCUCCGAAUGGACCCCGUGCGUCAUGGCGCACGGCGGAUAACGGUCACAGCGGACUGUAUAACAGCUCUGCGCUGUUGGCGAGCCCCGUCCUUCCUGACCCAAGGGGUGCCUAUGGGCACCGUCUCGUCCAGGAAAGUGGUAACCACGGAUGCCAGCCUAUCAGGCUGGGGCGGCAUUCACGAGGGCAGGUCUGUGAGGGGUCGCUGGAGCCAGGCCCUCCAGCGCCUUCACAUAAACUUUCUCGAACUUUCGGCGGUGUUUCUUUCUCUGAGACACUUCCUCCCAUUCCUCUCGGGUCACCAUGUCCUGGUGAGGAUGGACAACACGACAACAGUGGCGUAUAUCAACCGCCAAGGGGGCCUGCGCUCCCGCAUGUUGCACAAUCUGGCGCGCGACCUGAUUCUCUGGAGCAGUGCCCACUUUCUCUCCCUGAGAGCGACGCACGUCCCGGGGGACUUGAACACGAGUGCGGACCUGCUGUCGAGAGGCGCGCCAGUGUACGGGGAAUGGACGCUGCACCCACAGGUCGUGGAGCAGAUAUGGGCGCGCUGCGGGCGCGCUCAGAUGGAUCUGUUCGCGUCCAGGGAAAACGCUCGAUGCGAGCUGUUCUUCUCUCUGAGCACUCUGAAUGCCCCUCUGGGCGUAGACGCACUAGCACACGCCUGGCCGCACGAGCUGCUAUACACGUUUCCACCGCUGGCCCUGAUACCCCCCACUCUCGCCAGAGUGAGGGCAUUCAAUCACAAACUGAUCCUAAUAGCUCCGCACUGGCCAGCGCAACACUGGCUGGCGGAGAUAUUCCAGAUGCUGUGCGCCCAGCCUUGGGAGCUGCCGCUGCGCAGGGACCUGCUCUCGCAGGGUGCGGGGACAGUGUUCCACCCACACCCGGAGCGACUGCAGCUGUGGGCCUGGCCCGAACUGAUUGAUAAAGGAAAAGCUUUUUCCACGGUUAAGGUUUAUCUGGCAGCUAUAGCAGCAUGCCAUAUAGGAUUUGGAGACAAAACGGCGAGCCAACACCCUUUGGUUAGUCGGUUUAUGAAGGGCACCCGCAGGCUCCUCCCCAUCUCCAGACCUUUGCUGCCUCCGUGGGAUUUGUCGGUGGUUCUGGAGGGGCUUAAGGGACCCCCAUUUGAACCGUUGUUGGGGUCCAGUCUUAAACAUCUGUCUCUCAAGACAGCGCUGUUACUGGCCCUGGCCUCUGCGAAACGAGUCAGCGACAUUCAUGCGCUCUCUGUGAACCCCGCAUGUACCCGGUUCGACCCGGAAUACACGCGUAUGGUUCUGAAGCCCAACCCGGCCUUUGUUCCUAAAGUGGUUGGUUCUUGUUCACCGAUCGAGCUAGCGGCGUUCGCCUUCUCCCCAGGUGAACAGCGAGCGCACACGCUGUGCCCUGUUCGAGCCAUGCGCUCUUAUAUGGACAGGACGCAGAGCUUCAGGAGGAGUGAUCAGCCCUUUGUCUCCUGGGCGGAGCCCCGUAAGGGACAGCCGAUCACAAAGCAACGCCUCGCCCACUGGGUGGUGGAGGCUAUAGCUUUGGCGUAUGGAAGCAGGGGUCUGCAGCCCCCGGCGGGUCUGCGUGCACACUCUACCCGCGGGAUGGCUGCGUCCUGGGCUUUAUUUCGGGGAGUGUCCGUUCAGGACAUUUGUUCAGCGGCGAAUUGGUCUUCGCCUCUGACUUUUGUCCGGUUCUACAUGCUUGACGUGUCAGGACCGUGCAUGGCCAGUGCGGUCCUAGAGUCAUAA